UCUAUAUUGAUAUAUUGCCGGAGCGAACCGACUCGACAUUGUAUUGGAACCUUACCAUUGCGGAUGACCAGGGAGAUGAAAGAGCGUGUAGAGAGUCAAUACCAUAAAGUAAAAGAAGAAAUCAUAUUGCAGCAUGAGCAGCUGUUUCCAUCUUCUAUUACGCUGGAUGGGUUUCUUUGGGCAUUUAGCAUGCUGAGAUCAGGGGCAUUCUCUCACCUUAGGGGCCAACUUGUUAUGCUUCCACUUGUGGAUUUAAUUAACCACAGCGCUAGCAUAACGAGAGAAGAUAAUGCAGAGGAGAUUAAUGGACCAGCAGGUCUUUUUUCUUGGGACCUCCUUUUCUGUUUGAAGUCAACAAUGCCUGUCAAAGAGGGUGAGCAGGUUUUCAUCCAGUAUGGAUUAAAGAAGAGCAAUGCUGACUUGGCUUUUUAUUAUGGGUUUGUGGAACCAAAUACCAAUCGCGACUCGUACACACUUACAUUCAACAUAUCUGAGUCGGACCCCUUCCAUCCGGAGAAGCUUGAUAUUGCAGCAGCCAAUGAUUUGGGUGAGACAGCAUACUUAGAUAUUUUUAUGGACCGUCCCCUUCCACCAGCAAUUCUUCCAUAUCUGCGGCUUGUGGCACUUCAAGAAACAGAUGCAUUCCUCCUGGAACCUGUCUACAAGAAAUCUAUCUGGAAAACUCUAGAAUUACCGGUUAGUCAUGUGAACGAGGAGCUGGUAUGCAAGAUGGUCAUAGAUGCCUGUGAAUCAGCUCUUUCAGGCUACCGCACCACAGUUGAACAGGACGAGAAGCUAAUUCAGGAAGGAAACCUUGGUUACAAACUUGAGAUAGCCGUGAGGGUUAGAGUAGGUGAGAAGCGGGUGUUGCAGUAAAUUGAGGGUAUU